AAGUAUUACAAAAUCCUUGUCAUCAUUGUAAGCGUUUGAGAUGUAUGUAAGGUUUUGGACAGUAAUGACUCAAGUGUUACUACAUCCUUCUGAAAAAACUACUAGUUAUUUGGAUCCGUAUUCUAAAGUGAAGAUCAUGGUAACCCACUAGUAUGGAUCUCAAUCUAGCAAAGUUAAUUAAAAACCAGAGUAUAUAGAAUACAGUAGUUCUCAGGGAGAUAUAAAAAAAAUAGUUACUAAUUAGCUAAUAGUGAACUACCACAUUUUAUUAAGUACUAUUACUUGAUUCAUUAAUCAGAGAUUCUUGUUAGUUAGGAAUAGUAGUAGUAGAGUACUAAUGUUGUGUUAUCAUGUGUCCUUGUGUAGUUAUUCAUUAAUGAUGCAACUGUAUUCUAAAGUGGUACUUUUGAUUUACUUAAUAAAAUUUGAUUAGAAGACUUGCUCAAAUAAAAAUGAUCUCAAGCCAUUGUGGUGUGAGGACACCUAGGCUAGACAACCAGAAGCUCUUUUUAGAUAUCUGGCAACUAGUUAAUACUGAGUAUAAAAAAUGCAAAAAUAAAUAAAAUAAAUAAUUCAAUAGUUCUCCAUCAAGAACUGAUAGUGAAAUGUAGAUCAGACAUUUCAGAGAUCAGAGGAAGUUAACACCCAUGAGCUGAAGAUGUUUAAAGGAAGAGCUGUAACAGAAUCAAGAGAAAGACGGACAGAAACAGAAAAGGUCUGAUGAGUGUGAGAUGUGUCUGCUGGGACUGAUCCUUCUCUGUGUGCUUCUCACAGGCAUGAACAGAGCAGAAGAUGUGUUCUUCGGUUCUGGUGAAGAUGUCCGUCUGCCCUGUAAUAAUGUUCUUUCUAACUGUACAUCAACUACAUGGAUCUAUAACAGAGAUUCAGUUGAACAGUAUAACAGAGAUUCAGUUGAACUGAUUACUUUAGGGAUAAAGAGGAAAUACACAGAGAUACAUGAGAGACUGAGUCUGGGCUCUGACUGCUCUCUGAACAUCAAGAACAUCACAAAAGAAGAUUGUGGAUCUUACACCUGUAGACAAUAUGUGAAUGGAGUACAAGAAGGAAAGGAUGCACGUGUUUAUCUGCAUGUUCUCCACGUCUCUUCAUCAUCCUCACAGUCUGAGAUCAGAUCAGGCAGAUCUCUGACUCUCCUCUGUCAGUUAUAUUAUGAUCCAGUCUCUUGUGAUACUUUGAUUCGUGAAGGACUUCAUCUGAUCUGGGUGGAUGAGACUGGUAUGAAUCUGACAGACUCCAGAUUUCAGAUCUCAUUCUCCUCAGGACAGUGUCUCAGUGUCUCUCUGAGUACAACACUCCUGAAUGAAGAUCACAACAGAGAGUGGAGAUGCGAGCUUAAACAGAGAGAUCAGCUGAAGACCUCAGUCUCGUAUACCAUCAAGUAUUCAGUCUCUAGAUCUACAUCAACUACAGCUCCAUCCAAAACAAAGACACCAUCUCCACUCUCCAGAUCUACAUCAACUACAGCUCCUACACAAUCAGGCAUGAACAGAGCAGAAGAUGUGUUCUUCGGUUCUGGUGAAGAUGUCCGUCUGCCCUGUAAUAAUGUUCUUUCUAACUGUACAUCAACUACAUGGAUCUAUAACAGAGAUUCAGUUGAACAGUAUAACAGAGAUUCAGUUGAACUGAUUACUUUAGGGAUAAAGAGGAAAUACACAGAGAUACAUGAGAGACUGAGUCUGGGCUCUGACUGCUCUCUGAACAUCAAGAACAUCACAAAAGAAGAUCCUAGAUCUUACACCUGCAGACAAUAUUUGAAUGGAGUACAAAAAGGAACUGAUGCACGUGUUUAUCUGCAUGUUCUUCAUGUCUCUUCAUCAUCCUCACAGUCUGAGAUCAGAUCAGGCAGAUCUCUGACUCUCUUCUGUCAGUUAUAUUAUGAUCCAGUCUCUUGUGAUACUUUGAUUCGUGAAGGACUUCAUCUGAUCUGGGUGGAUGAGACUGGUAUGAAUCUGACAGACUCCAGAUUUCAGAUCUCAUUCUCCUCAGGACAGUGUCUCAGUGUCUCUCUGAGUACAACACUCCUGAAUGAAGAUCACAACAGAGAGUGGAGAUGUGAGCUUAAACAGAGAGAUCAGCUGAAGACCUCAGUCUCGUAUACCGUCAAGUAUUCAGGAACUCAGGAUUCAGAUAGGACACCAUUCUCCAUAAAACUAGUGAUUGGGAUCGGUGUUGCUGCUGCUCUUCUUCCUCUUGCUGUUAUUUUCUGGGUAAUCUGUAAAAAAAGAGCUGGUAAGAAGAAUGAAACCAGCGAUUCAGUCGGCCGCUCUACUCGUAUUACUCCCAGCACUGAUGAGGAUAAAGAUGAAGUGACUUACGUUGACGUCACACACUCUACAACCCACGCCAGAAAGAACAAGGUUCCCGAGGAUGAUAAAGUGACUUAUUCUACCAUCGGAAAAUCAACCGCUGGACCUCAGGAGGACUGCAGUCAACUGUACGCCUCUGUGAACAAGAACCAUCACAAAUAAGCCUGCUGUUAAUCUUACAGUCAGUCGUUUAGUUAUGUUUUGAGUCUCUCUAUGAAGGCCGCUGCGUUCUGAAUCAUUUGUAGAGGUUUUUGUAGGAAGUACUGCAGUAGUCUGAUCUUUCUGAUGUUGUGCAUAUACUUGAAGAUGAAGAUUGUAAGCAAUGCCUUCUGCUUUAAUAAAAGUAUAGUUCACCAGUACAUUAAAAACAUUAUUCACUUAUAGCUACUCACCUUCAAGUGCUUCCAAAUCCAAAACCCAUCUCUUAGACCUCCAGUCGAUGGACUGAAUGAGAGAAUGUCUCAAAAACAUUAAAGAAAUAAAUUGUUGUCUGUUUUAUUGAUAAA